GGUUUCAGUCCAUGCCGCGAAAUAAAAUCGUUUCAGUUAUUAACCAGUGUUGUACCUUAUUUCAUUCUUAUAUUUCUAUAGUGUAUGACCGACUAGAAGGAUUUAAAACUGCGAGAUGGUUAGUUACUGUCCUAGGGGAGGCCGUAUAGAACUCGGGGACGUGACACCGCAUAACAUCAAGCAGCUGAAACGGCUCAACCAGGUCGUCUUUCCCGUCUCCUACAACGACAAGUUCUACAAAGAUGUUCUUGAGGCUGGAGAACUGGCAAAGCUAGCGUUUUACAAUGACAUCGUCGUCGGUGCCGUGUGCUGUCGGGUGGAUGUUACAGAGAAGACGCGGAAGCUAUACAUAAUGACACUCGGCUGUCUCGCGCCGUAUAGGAGAUUAGGAAUAGGAAAUAAGAUGUUGGAGCAUGUCUUUAAAAUAUGCGACAAGGAUGGAAAUAUAGACAGUAUAUUCUUGCAUGUGCAGGUUAACAAUGACCAGGCCAUCGACUUCUACAAAAGGUUCUCCUUUGAGAUAAAGGAGACGAAGGAACACUACUACAAGCGCAUCGAACCGGCAGACGCGUACGUGCUCGAGAAAACACUCAAGAAGGAAGCUUCGGACAAGGAGAACGACCCGGCGGCUGCCAAUGAGGUCACGGAGAGUAGCGAGGGCGCACAGACAGAAGAGGGCGCUGGCGGCAUCGACACGGGGGCGACGCGAGGAAAUGGCGCGUCGCAGUAGCGGCGGUUUUUUAUUUUAUUCGCUCUCAUAAUCCUGAGGUAUCUGUGUCGUUUUUUUACAUUUUUUUAACGCUUGCCAACAUUGCUGAAUGUUGCUAUGCUGCAUGUGAUGACGUCCGAAAACAAUGUCCGUGGGUAUGUUUGCUGUCUUUCUCUAACAUUGGUCUUGCUGGAAUUGGAAUGCGGUUUCUGUUUGCAUCUCUGCAGAAGAUAAUGUAUUAUAGCUUUGCACCCACAUGGUACUACUAUCUGCUGUUGGUUAUAGUUGCAAGAUUUCAGACUCUUGGAAAAGGUCAAGACUCUAUAAAGCUUCCAGCAUUGUUUUCAGCUUCCUGCCCCCUUCCCUCUUGAGGAGAGAAGGAACUAUGAAUUGUUUUCAGUUAAACUGCAUUUUAUCUAUGCUGCAUACCAUAGUUUACUGUUCAGUGACACUGAGAAAUAACUAAAUACUUUAUGUUGAACGUUUUCACUGUUUGUUAUUGACUUCACUUUUGGGAUGCUUCCUCACUCGGUGUCGACGUAAGUUGUGUGUUCGAGGUGAAUUAUUUCACUGUGUGAAAUGCUAGAAAUUUAAGUCCAUGUAAUGAUAACAGGUUAUAACAUUUUAAGCUUUCACUUAAAGUUUCAGUUCAAUCAUGCAUUAAUUAUUUAUUUCACAACAUAUUAGUUCAACAGUUAGUUACAUAUAAAUAUUAUGUCGCUUCCAUCGCAAGCUACUUGUGUGAAGGUUGGAAAAUUUAACCUCGAUUGCACAACAAAUACCAGCACCUCAGGAGGCACCAAAAGCAAUAGGGUCAUCCGUAAUAAGAAAUGCUCUUUUUUUUAAACCGGGUAUCAAGUUAUUUGUUAACUAUAUUGAAUGGCAAAAACUGAUAUGCCGCAUAAAUCGACCAUGCUGAACCUGGCAAAGUGUAAUCCUUUAACCAACAGUUGUAUGUGUAUGGAAUCUGGUGAUCUAUACUUCCUGCACUCCAGCUAAGAAGUAGAGCGUUA